UGAGAAGCACGCGGACUCCGACCCAGCGCCGGCCGCCUCCGCCAGCGUCCCCAGGGUCCCCGGAGACCUGAGAGGCGCCAGAGGAAGCCUGUCACGUGACGCCGGCACCCAUGUGACUCGGGCUCCACAUGACUUCCCGAGGCCGAGCCCCUCCUGGAGAACAAGGACGCAGGGGAGCCGAGAUGGUCCGAGCCGCGCUGUCGCCGCUGUGGCUGCUGCUGCUGCUGCUGCCCUGGGCACCCCCGGGCCAGGCAGCGCCGGAGGCGGACGAGAUCCAGUGCCUGCCCGGGCUGGCCAAGCAGCCAGCUUUCCGCCAGUACUCCGGCUACCUCCGCGGCUCCGGCUCCAAGCACCUCCACUACUGGUUUGUGGAAUCCCAGAAGGAUCCCAAGAGCAGCCCUGUGGUGCUUUGGCUCAACGGAGGGCCCGGCUGCAGCUCCUUAGACGGCUUCCUCACGGAGCACGGCCCCUUCCUGGUGCAGCCAGAUGGUGCCACCCUGGAGUACAACCCCUAUUCCUGGAACCUGAUUGCCAAUGUAUUGUAUCUUGAGUCCCCAGCUGGGGUGGGCUUCUCCUACUCUGAUGACAAGUCUUAUGCAACCAAUGACACCGAGGUCGCCCAGAGUAAUUUUGAGGCCCUUAAGGAUUUCUUCCGCCUCUUCCCGGAGUACAAGGACAAUGAGCUUUUCCUGACCGGAGAGAGCUAUGCCGGCAUUUACAUCCCCACGCUGGCAGUGCUGGUCAUGCAGGAUCCCAGCAUGAACCUGCAGGGGCUGGCUGUGGGCAACGGACUCUCCUCCUACGAGCAGAAUGACAACUCCCUGGUCUAUUUCGCCUACUACCAUGGCCUUCUUGGGAACAGGCUCUGGUCUUCUCUCCAGACCCACUGCUGCUCUCAGAACAAGUGUAACUUCUACGACAAUACAGACCCAGAAUGCGUGACCAAUCUGCAGGAAGUGUCCCGCAUCGUGAGCAGCUCCGGCCUCAACAUUUACAACCUCUACGCCCCAUGUGCUGGGGGUGUGCCUGGCCACUUAAGGUAUGAGAAGGACGCUGUUGUGCUCCAUGAUUUGGGCAACAUCUUCACUCGCCUGCCGCUAAAGCGGACAUGGCAUCAGGCGCUGCUGCGUUCUGGGGAACGGGUACGCAUGGACCCCCCCUGCACCAACACCACAGCCGCCUCCACCUACCUCAACAACCCCUACGUGCGGAAGGCCCUCCACAUCCCUGAGCAGCUUCCCCACUGGGACAUGUGCAACUUCCUGGUGAAUAUCCAGUACCGCCGUCUCUACCAAAGCAUGCAGACCCAGUACCUUAAGCUGCUCACCACACAGAAAUACCGGAUCCUGCUCUAUAACGGAGAUGUGGACAUGGCCUGCAAUUUCAUGGGGGAUGAGUGGUUUGUGGAUUCCCUCAACCAGAAGAUGGAGGUCCAGCGCCGGCCCUGGUUAGUGGACUACGGGGACAGCGGGGAGCAGAUCGCUGGCUUCGUGAAGGAGUUCUCCCACAUCGCCUUUCUCACCAUCAAGGGCGCUGGACACAUGGUCCCCACCGACAAGCCCCAGGCUGCCCUCACCAUGUUCUCCCGCUUCCUGAAUAAGCAGCCAUACUGACGACCUCGGAGACCAGUCCCCUUCGGCCUGAUCCAGCCCCUCUUUCCCGCCCCUUUAUGCAAAAUGGGAGCCCCACCUUUAUGCAAAAUGCCCCUGUGGGGCAGGUCCCUGCCUCCAGAACCUCUCCCCCCCCCCCCCCCCCCCCCCCCCCCCCCCCC